UUGUGUGAAGGCUGCGCGCGCAGGCUACAUCGACCGUAUCUGUUAUCUACCAUUCAGUCGCUGCCUGGCUGUCGAGCCGGCCGGUCGUAUGGUAUGGGGGAGUUACAGUACCCGGGCGCUCCCAGCGUUGACGACGAGCGUCAUUAUAGAGCCCCGUUCCGUAGGGCGCCGCAAUAUAGGUGGCCAGCGCCGCAGCCGCCGCAGCCCUCGGCCUUCGCCCCCUGGAGGCGAGCCCCCGCCCCUCCAAGGCCUCCCGAUUAUCGUCGCAGUGCUUCGUACCCUGGCAAACCCGAUGAGCCUUACCAGGACCGAGGAGGUUUAGACAACAUGAGGUCUUUGGAGCAUUACCUUACAGACAUCAUGAGGGCGGAUACUUCGGAACAUUUGAAAGGCAAGUCCCCCUUUUUUCCCGGGGUGGAGGAGGCGGGUGUUGCCAGCGCGGCGGCCGGCUCGCCUUCGGGGCCGGCUGAUCAGGCGCAAGACGUGGUCUCGAGGCUCAGCGCUGCCGGUCUAUCGAUGUGUGUGUCGGCGCUGGGCUCGCCGGCCCGUUCUUCGCCGGUGUCUGCGGGCUCGGAGCACGGGGAGAGGUUCAGUAGGAAGGUGUUCGUUGGGGGACUGCCCCCGGACAUUGAUGAAGAUGAGAUAACAUCGUCGUUCCGCCGCUUUGGUCCACUGGUAGUUGACUGGCCUCACAAGGCUGAGAGCAAGAGCUACUUUCCGCCCAAGGGAUAUGCAUUCCUACUGUUUCAGGAUGAGAGUUCGGUGGCCGCUCUAAUGGAGGCUUGCAUCACCGAUGAUGAUAAGCUAUAUCUGUGCGUGUCGUCGCCCACAAUCCGCGACAAGCCGGUCCAGAUCCGCCCCUGGCGGCUGGCGGAUGCGGACUUCGUGUUGGACGCGAGCAUGCCGCUAGAUCCGCGCAAGACUGUGUUCGUGGGCGGAGUUCCGCGACCACUGAAGGCUGUGGAGCUCGCGAUGAUUAUGGAUCGGCUGUACGGCGGGGUCUGUUACGCUGGGAUCGACACGGACCCCGAACUAAAGUACCCCAAGGGUGCUGGUCGCGUGGCGUUCUCCAACCAGCAGUCUUAUAUAGCGGCCAUCUCUGCCCGGUUCGUGCAGCUACAACACGGAGACAUUGACAAGAGAGUGGAGGUGAAGCCGUACGUGUUGGACGAUCAGAUGUGUGACGAAUGUGCGGGCGCGCGGUGCGGCUCUAAGUUUGCACCGUUCUUUUGCGCUAAUGUGACUUGUCUCCAGUAUUACUGCGAGCACUGCUGGGCGACCAUACACUCUCGCCCCGGGCGGGAGUUUCACAAGCCGUUAGUCAAGGAGGGCGCCGACCGACCAAGGGCCGUGCCCUUCCGCUGGUGUUAG